CUGUGUCUUUAAAGUCGUGCAGAGGGGAGCCCGUACUAAAGAAAGGAGGGGGCUGCUGUGCGCCAGUUGGAGGUAUCUGCCUGUCGCAGCGCUUGCUGUUGACAUUAAGAAGAGCGUGUCGGUGGUCCAGCGGGGAGGUACAGAGCGAUCGGAAGGCACUGAUACUAAAGACUGAAGCAGGUCCAGGCAAAUAUUCAGCAGACCCGUGAUACAUGGAUGGACAGAGAAGCACUGCAAUCGGGAUUAAGUUGUCAGCCGGCGCGAGAAAUUUCUGGAUAUAAUGGGAAAUUCAACACCUAAACCUUUGAUAGUAGAUACAACUCUGCAACCCCGCCCGGUGGCUACUCGGCAGUACUACACCCUGCCUAACAAUGGGGCAGCUGUUGAGAGAAGAACGUCUGCUCCCCCAGUCAGUAUCAACAUGGAGUCACCUCGCUUUCACCCACAUGCUAAAGGCAAGAACAUCAGGCUGGAUGGGCAGCUUCGGCGUGCCACCCGUAAGAACAGUUUCUGCAACGGCAUCACUUUCAGCCAUCGGCCUGUGCACCUUUAUGAAAAGGUGCGUCUUCGCUUGACUGGUGUGCACACUGGAUGGAGUGGAGCUUUACGUUUUGGUUUUACUAGCUUGGAUCCCAGUGAAUUAGCUGCUGCUGAUAUCCCCAAGUAUGCUUGCCCAGACCUGGUGACUCGGCCCGGUUACUGGGCCAAGGCUCUGCCCGAGAGACUGGCGCUGAAGGACAACAUUUUGGCUUUCUGGGCUGAUCGCCAUGGAAGAGUUUUCUAUAGCAUCAACGAAGGCGAGCCCAUCCUCUUUCACUGUGGACUCAGCAUCGGCUGUCCACUGUGGGCCAUCAUAGAUAUCUACGGCAUCACUCAGGAGGUCACACUGCUUGACAGCACGUUUGCUGAGAGUGUGGGAUCCAGCUGCCUGAGUGCGGCCCGUCUGAGUGCCUAUCUCCCCCAGAGUAGCCACGACUCAGCCAAUUACAGCAACAAUCAGUUGGAAAACAACCAGGCGGCUGCUGCCAAGAUGGCCAACCUCCAGCUCAAUAACUACACUCAGCUCAUCCCCUGCUGCUCCUCCACCUCUUCCUCCUCCACAUCAUCCUCAUCUGCUUCCACUGGAUUCAUUGUCCCAAGGGUGGUCCGGGGUCUCUCUUCUCCUCUGGACAAUGAUUUGCACUUUCACCUCAUCCGUGGCUCUGAUGUAAUACUCUCUGCAGACCGUUCAGCUGCUUGCAUUCAUUUUCUGGACAGCAGUCGGACUCUGGUGUUCACUGACAGGCCCUUUCACGUGGGUGAGACUUUGUACGUGGAGGUUGGCCACCUGGGCCUGCCAUACUUUGGGGCGUUGUCAUUUGGUUUAACAUCCUGUGACCCAGCUAAUCUACAUGCUGGGGACCUUCCAGCAGACCCUGAAGUUCUUCUGGACCGCAAAGAGUAUUGGGUGGUGCACCGGGUCUUCCCGAUGCCUUGCUCUGGAGACAUGCUCAGCUUCAGUCUGCUGCCCAGUGGAGAGGUGCACCACGGGGUGAACGGAGUGGGACGUGGCAGGCUGAUCUGUGUGGACUCCUCUCAGGUCCUGUGGGCCUUUUUCACCCUGCAUGGGGCUGUUAACAGACUCAGGAUACUUGGAACAUUGCAGUCCAGUCCUCCUUCUACAUCCCCCACCACUUCACAGAGCAGCAGCCCAGAUGACAGUGACUCAGACCUGGCAUUCAGUGUCAACAGAUCCUCCUCUGCCUCUGAAUCCUCUCUGGUGACUGCUCCCAGCUCGCCUCUCAGUCCUCCCACCUCUCCGGCUCUCACUGCCUCAGAACUGCCCUCUGCAGGAAAAAACGGAGAAUGCACAGUUUGCUUUGACCAAGAGGUCGACACAGUUAUCUACACCUGCGGACACAUGUGCCUGUGCAACGACUGCGGGCUCAAGUUGAAAAGACAGAUUAAUGCCUGCUGUCCGAUAUGCCGGAGGCCUAUCAAAGAUGUUAUCAAAACAUAUCGGCCGUGAUGGCUCAAAAGUUCAAACAGGUGAGGUGACUUCCGCUGUAGGAUACCACCUGUUGCUCCUUCUCAGGCUUUGCUGUACACGUGUACAUGGAUCUUGAUCCCAACUGGAGAUUAGCCACACUAGGACAUAACUGUGCCUAUCAGAUUUUAUAUCUUGAGACAGACUGAACUGUGUUGAGGCUCAUUUUUAAUACACAGUAUCCAUACAUGAGCACCUGGGUUCUGGCUAUGAAAGAAGAGAUGAAACCCGUGCUCCCGUUUUGUAUCUCCCAUGUGAUGUUACAUCUAUUCGUUGAGCAGAAAAAGCCUCUCCUGAAUAUCUCGUUUGUCAUCGUCCUAGAAUUAUGUGUGCUUUAGCAGAAUAUGCGGACCAUCAUCUAUGACUUCUAGUGCCUUAGAUUUUUGUCACAUAAUGUGUCCAAGUAAUUAUACUAACAAUCCUAGCCAUAUUUCCAAUGUACAGUACUAAAAGUUUGUGGUGGGAAAGGGCACAGAAUUUAUGCAAUAAAAGUUGUAGUAGUAGGUAGGAAGAAGGUUCUAGUAUAUAUGAGUGUGUUGGAUUUGAAUGUUUGAAAAGUGUAAUAGAAAGGACCCGGCUUUGCACAACGUGAGAUUAAUAAAAUGAUUUAAGUGUG